AUGACAGGGACCGCGGCCGCGGACCCGGUGGCGGACGGGGCUGGCGCGCAAGCGCCGGCCACCGUCGUACUGCCGGGGAUGCGCGGCGGACCCUGGAAUAGCUACAUGAUCGCGCGCAACUGGAGGACGCGGCCGCGGGCGACGCACCGCGAGUCUGUGCAGGCGGCGGAGCGCUCGUACGUCGAGCGCACCGCGCCGAAGAAGAAGGAGCUCACAGAUGAGCAGCUCGCGGCAAAGGCCGCGUCUCGCAAGGCCAAGAAGACCCGGCAGAAGGAGCGCCGGGCGAAGGAGGCCGGCGAGCGCGCUGCGAGCGAGGCCGAGCGCGCGGAGCCCCCGCGCGCGCAGCUGCGCGAGAACAUCCAGUACGUGAUGGCCGGGCUGCGGACUGCAGCUGCGCAGGCGCGCAGCCAGGCCGGGUCCAUUAUUGGGAUCCCUUGCGCACGCUAA